AUGGAGACCCUUCCUAUCAAUACAAACAGUACACACCAUCAGCAGCAGACUUUACUCAGAUCUACAGUGACUGUGACACCAGACAGUGCUGUAUUCACUGGAGAGACAGUCAAUCUGAAGUGUGUGAUUAAGUCUGAUCACAGAGACUGGACAUUUGAGUGGUAUAAAGACACAAACAGAGUAAAGUUACAGUCUGAUGGUCAAUACACUGUAAACAGAGACACUCUCACUAUCAGAGGAGCUGAUUGGUCUGAUCAGGGUCAGUACUGGUGUAGUGGACGCAUAAGAUCAUUCUACACAUAUCCAAGCCCUGUUUCUCUCUCAGUAAAGGCUUUACCCAGAUCUACAGUGACUGUGACACCAGACAGACCUGUAUUCACUGGAGAGACAGUCAAUCUGAAGUGUGUGAUUGACUCUGAUCACAGUGACUGGACAUAUGAGUGGUAUAAAGACAGAAACAGUGUAAAGUUACAGUCUGAUGCUCAUUACACUGUAAACAGAGACACUCUCACUAUCAGAGGAGCUGCUGAGUCUGAUCAGGGUCAGUACUGGUGUAAAGGAAAGAGAUCAGGAAGACCAAACUCAUCUCAAUCAAGAUCUGCUGUUUAUCUCUCAGUGACGGAGAAGCCUGUAGUGAAGCUGAGUCCAGAUCAGCGAGUGUUUACUGGAGAGAGAGUCACUCUCACAUGUGACAUACAGACAGAAGGAAACAUUCAGUGGAUCAAAUACAGCUGGAUUAAAGAUGGAGACACUCACAAUCCAUACAGAACAACAUCAGCAGCAGAGUUGAGUUUCAGAGCUGAUUCUGUGUCUGUCAGUGGUCAAUACAGCUGUAGAGGAGAGAGAUCAGACUCACAGAGAUCAGACAUCAGUGCUGCUGUUACUCUGACUGUAUCAGAUUUAAAGUCAAAGCCUGAACUCAGAUCAGAUUCUGCAGGAGCUGCACUGACUGGAAACACAGUGACUUUGACCUGUAACACUGAUCUGUCCACCGGAUGGGACUUUUACUGGUACAAAAACACACUCGACUCUGAGAUAAAGACGACAGAAACAAACUCCUACAGUAUGAAGAUUGAUUCAGUGUCUGAUGGAGGCCAGUACUGGUGUAGAGCUGGAAGAGGAAAACCAGUCUAUUACACACAAUACAGUGAUCAACUGACACUCAAUGUUACAGUGAGUCCUAAAGCUGUGGUGACGGUGCGGCCUGAUAAACAUGUGUUCAGAGGAGAAACAGUCACUCUCAGAUGUGAGAUAAAGUGGGGAGGAAACACUGAGUGGACAUACAGAUGGCAAAUAGAGAAAACAGGCCGAUAUAACCAAUAUUAUAACCAGUAUAACCAACAUAGAAACACUGUGAGCCAAAGCUCAGCACAAGAGUUGAAGAUCAGCCGUGUUAAGGUCUUUCACCGUGGUAAAUACAGCUGUACAGGACAGAUGGACACUCAAAGCUCUCAGCGCAGUGAUGCUGUUGCUCUGACUGUGUCUUCAGAUGAAGCUCAGGCAGCAGUGCGAGUGUCUCCACAGCCGUGGCUCACUGAAGGACACUCAGUGACUCUGAUCUGUGAGGUUCCAGGCUCCUCUACAGGCUGGACGUUCAGCUGGUUCAGAGAUGCUGAUCAUCUGUCAGACAGCAGCAGAGGAGCUGGAGGCUCUUACACUCUCAGUCCUGCUGCUCUACAGCACACAGGAGUUUAUACGUGCAGAGCAGAGAGAGGAGAACCAGCCUAUUCCUCAAAAAAGAGCAACGCACAGCCACUGUGGGUCACUGGUGUUUCUGCUUCAGUGCGUCUGGUGCUCGACCCCAGCAGAAGUCAACACUUCUCCUUUGACUCUCUCUCUCUGAGCUGUGACUCUGCUGGAUGGACAGUGAGAAGAUACACACACACAAACACACAAGAUUGUUCAGCACAAACAGGAUCUACAUGUGCAAUCCAGUCUCUCAGCACAUCUGACACUGGAGUUUACUGGUGUGAGUCUGAAUCUGGAGAGAAACGCCAUCCUCUGAACAUCACUGUACAUGAUGGUGCUGUGAUUCUGGAGAGUUCUGCUGAUCCUGUGAUUGAGGGAGAAACUCUGACUCUACACUGUUUACAUCGAUCUACAACCUCCUCCAUCCUCACAGCUGAUUUCUAUAAAGACAGAUCACUGAUCCAGAAUCAGACAGGAGAGAUGAGCAUCCCUACUGUCUCAAAGUCUGAUGAGGGUUUCUACUACUGUAAAAUAAAGAGAGAAGAGUCGCCACACAGCUGGAUCUCAGUCAGAGCUUCAUCAUCUUCUCCUCUUCUGGUCAUUGGCGUUUCUGUAGGAUUGAGUCUUUGUUUGCUGCUCCUGAUUUUACUGCUUCUGCUGCUGAGACACAAGAAGAGAAAAGAUCAAAACAUCUACAGUAUUCAACAAACCAAACAAGUUCCAACUCUAUCUGGAGAAUCUCAACUGGAAAACCUUCCUCUACAGUCUGAGCCCAUGUCAGAUGUGACAUAUUCAGAGGUCAUUGUUAAGAAAAAGAAACCCAUGGAUAGAGGUGAAAACCCUCUUCCGUACACAUGGAGCCAUCAGUCAUGAACCAAUGAUACUGAUAAGCAAUUACACAUUAUCAGCUAAUUAAUUCAUUGUUAUUUCUGCAGCGGACACAGAGUCAGAGUCGACUGUGACAUACUCAGAAAUCAGAAAAUACAUGGACAAAGAUAUUAAUUCUGCAGGACCCAGUGAUUUGAUUUAUGCAGA